AUGGGCCUCCAAGACGCUAAUAUUACCGCCGGUAGCUCCCUUUCAGGACUUACACUUACUGGCAGUACGCCUCAAGGAGCGGUCUUAGCUACAGCUAAAGGAGCCUUGGCCAACCGAAAUCGCCGGCGUAUUACACGAAAAGGUGAUCGAAUACGCAAAGGCAAAAGGGGUGAUGGAGAGGAGGUGUCAGGCGCGGGAGCUGAUGAAAAUGAGUGUGAGAUUACCGAAGAAAACGGAGAAGGUGAAGGCUAUGGAAUCAUAAGUGAGCUUACUGAGUGUCCUGAGGAAACGGAAGAGAUGGAGACAAGCGAUCUUCCUGAGGGUUGGGAAAAAGAUGAGGCUGCUAGAAUUGCCUGGGCUAGUAGCACUGGCUUUAUGGGAGCUUUGCGGGCUCUUCUUCGAGCCCGGGUUGUGCAGGCUCGACUAUUAAAGAGACUUACUAGCCCAAACAACACGGCAGUAACCGUGGGCUCAGGAUUAAGGGUGGGUAGUGCAAGCACUAGUCGCUAUGGCAGCGCCAUUUCCGAUACUUGGCUUCAUGGAAUUCUAUCUCCGUUCGACAAUUCUCAAGCGAGUCUCAACACCGUGACGGUGAUGGCCUUUGAGUUGCGAGUAAUGGCGAGGUAUUUGAUGAUUGUAUUUAUAUGCGACUAA